CACUUCUAAAGCAAGCGAAUGUGUGGAAUAUAUCUGUUGGUGUCUAUAUAAUUCUGCACGACUGUUGUAAAUUGAUUUAAUUAAAAGUUAUUGCCGGAUUUUAGAAUUAUGACUGGUAUAGUAGACUCUAUAGAAAUGCCAAAAUUACCCGAAAAUCAAAAGUCUUUCGCCGGUAUACCAGAGGCUGUAUUUCUGGAAGAAAUUGAUACAUUCAUGGCACAACCCGAAAAUGAGGACAAUUGUGAGAAAGUUCUACAGAGAUUAGAUGAACAACAUAGCAAGUAUAGAUUUAUGGCAUUUAAUCUAGAGGCGCGGCGUCGUAAACUCAAAUCACAGAUUCCAGAUCUUCAGCGAUCUUUAGAAAUGGUGAAUGUGCUAAGGCAAGAAACGGAAGAGCGUGAAACGCAAUUUCUACUUAGUGAUCAAAUUUUUAUUAAAACACUUGUACCACCUACGAAAACGGUAUGCCUCUGGCUGGGUGCUAGUGUAAUGUUGGAAUAUCCACUAGACGAGGCCGAGGAGCUUUUGAAGCAAAAUAUGAACUCUGCAGUUGUAAAUCUUAAAACGGUAGAGCAUGACCAAGACUUUCUUCGGGAUCAGUUGACUACCACCGAAGUAAAUAUGGCUCGAGUUUAUAAUUGGGGUGUGAAAAAACGGCAAGCUGCUGCAAAAACUACCUCUACCACUUCAUAAUUCGUGAAAUUAUAAAAGAUUUAUUAAUAAAAACAAAAAAAACUUGGUGCGCAAUAUUCA